AUGCACCAGCAAAACAUGUCCAAAAGCUCCUCAGCCCAAAAUGCAAGUGAUCAGGAGACUUGCCCAUCUAAUUCAUCCUAUGGCUCCUAUCUGAGUGAGACACACACGCCCUGGGCUCUCUCCAGGAACAGAACACCGUAUUCUCGUUCAGAUUCUGGAAUAUCAUCCCUGCUUCCAUCAGAUUCUUUUAAGUACCUCACUUGGCACAAAGUUGAACAAAAUGACAUCCAAGGAAGUCAACUGCGCUGCCCACGAGUAAGAGAAGGACCCUCUGCCGAAGAACCGCCCUUCAGACAGGAGGGAUGUACUUUGCCUUCACAGAAAAGAGUCCUUGAAAAAAACAAAUGGGAAACGUGGCUGCAAGAAAACUGGGAGGACUGCAAGAAUUUGAACCUUUCAUUUCAGGAUUUGGGGGACCCUUAUCAAGUUGAAAAUUUUAACAGGAUUCUUAGAAGACUAAUUCGAGUUGAAACCCUCUGGUUAGUGGACAAUUCACUGGUGGAUUUAAGUGCCAUAAGAUUGCCAAGUUGCAGAGUUUUAAAUAUGAACAAAAACCAUCUCACAUCUUUCAAACAAUUGCCAAAGAUGCCUCAGAUUCAGCAUUUAUCCUUGGCUGACAACCAUAUUGAGACUCUGAAUGGGCUGUCCAGUUUACGGCACACGCCACUGGAAUCCCUUAUGCUCAAGAGGAACCCUUGUGAAUUUCACCAAAACUACCGACAACGAGUGUUCUCCUGUUUGCCAAACUUAGAAAUGCUGGAUGGGAUCCUGAAGCUACCAGAAGAUACUUCACCACCAGAAACCAAUACGUUUUCAAAAAUAUGUAUUGUAUCCUAA